AUGGAGGAGGUACCAAAGGUUAAAAAUUUUGAAUUACCCGAAGCUGUGAAAAAUAUCGAAUUGCUACCUGCAAUUGUCAAAAACAUGGAGCUACCUGAGGUAGUAAAGAACCUUGAACUUCCAGAGGUAGUUAAGAAUUUAGAGCUUCCGGAAGCAAUGAAAAACUUGGAUAUAUCUAAUGCUGUGAGAAAUGUUCCAACAACUGUUAUGAAUAAUGUACCAGAAUCUGUGAAAAAUAUUCAGGUUCCGAAGUCUAUGAAUACCGCGAUGUUUUCUUCAUUCGCGACAACUGCCUUAACCAGUGUCGCGUCUUUGACAAAGACAAUUCAGCAAAAAGUAGAAGAAACAGCAAAGAAUUUACAACAUGAGCAUGAAGUAUUUGUUAAACAAGUUAAUGAGGAAGCACAUAAACCUAAAACUGGAACAGAAGCCGUUGCUCCCUGGGUAGGACUUCCAAAUGAAGACAGCCUUAAGCAGCAAAUGUUAGCAUUAUCCCAUGACAAGCGAAAUUUCACAAUUCCUCCACCAGAAAACACAAAUUUUCAAUUUGAUAUGAAUAUAUUUUUUCAAACUGCUAUGGCUGCUUUAAAUGCCGAUCCUAACCUUAAUUAUAGGCGGUUUGAACUUGUUCCAGCUCAUGUGCAAGAACCAACAUUUUGGAGGAAUUAUUUCUAUAGAAUAUCUCUAAUUAAGCAAACUUCAUUAGGCUCAAUUGAUUCUAUAGUUUUAGAAAAUGAAGUAUUUUCAAAAGAUUCUAAUGAAGAAUCAAGAAAAUUUGAAGAAAAACAGGAAGAGAAAAACGAAGAGGUAGAUUCAUCAAACAAAGAAGUCUUAUUUGAUGCAAAUAAGAGCGGAAAUGAAUCAGAUGCUUGGAUUCAAGAUUUUGCUACGGCCGCUGGUAUAGUAAGCACAGAUGGCGAUGAAGAGGAACCUGAUAAUUGGGAGGAACAGUUAAACCAGCAUUUAUCCUCUGAAUAA